AUGUCAACUGCUUGCUCACUUCCUCCUUGGUAUUAUAAAUAUAUUCUAGAAGUUAUCGAAUGUCUAUCAAUUCCAUUGAACUGUUUAGUUUCGUAUUUUAUUUGGAAUGAUACAAAUACAAAACUUACUUAUAAAUUGUGUGUUAGUUUUAUGCAGGUAACAUUUAAAAAAAUUCAAUUUUUGGCCAGAACUUUGAUUUUUUUCUCCAGUUCAUCUCAUUUGUUGUUGAAACCGAUAUGUCUGUUUUCACAUGGCCUUGGUAUACUUUUCCUCUUCUUGGUGGAUACAGUCAAUCAUCAUUUUCAAAAUAUUUCAAUAUUUCAACUCAUGCUUUAAUAUUAUUCUAUGGGUUUUUCAUAACUUGCGAAAUUCCCGCGUGUUUACAAAGUUUCUAUUAUCGAUAUGAGGAAACACGCAAUCUUCAAAGCAAAAAAGGAUUUGCAAAAAUAAGUCUAUUACUUCUAAGUAUCACAUAUUUAUAUCCAUUUGCAAUGACUUAUUUUAUACACGAUAUGUCAACACCAUUCCACAUAAAAUAUCGAAUUAUGAAAGAGGUUUGAUGAAUCAAAAAGUUUUGUAAGAGAUCUCUCGAUUUCAGAAGUUUCCCGAAUGUAUGGAAUUGUUUCUCGAUGCAUCUUUUGAAUUUUAUGACACUUCAACACCAGAGUGUAUGCAUCUUACAGUUUAUUUCUGUUCAAUUAUGAUCAUCACUUUUUUGUGAGUAGAUUUUAAGAGAAGCUUUAAAAAAUCUUGAAUAUUUUCAGCAAUGCGCUUUAUUUGGCAUAUGCAACUUUCUCAAUUCUAAACAAUUUACGUGGAUUAAUGUCCCGCCAGACUUAUAGAGUUCACUUGAACGCAUCAAUCAAUCUAUUCACAUUAACCCUUUGCCCUUUUGUAUUGAUUGUUUUUCCCCUUGUAUUUUGUAUGUUUAUUAUUAUUUUUGAUGCUGUGGAAUUACAGAGUAAGUUUAGUUUUUCAAAUGCUCACUGAUGUGUUUUUCUAGAGUACGGCAAUCUGUCGAUGAUUGGAAUUGCUGCACAUUCAUCGGUUUUUUCUUUUGUGAUUCUAGUAACAAAAUCAAAAUAUCGAAAAGUUAUGCAAUCUUGGCUGCCUAAUUUCAAACAACCGAUUGAGAAAGUUUUUGUUCGAACAACUGAUAACACACCUUCGGCACUGGUAUUUUGA